AUGGUCUAUCUUCCGAAUAUAAUUAAAUACCCAGCAGUCAAUUUGAUAGGUGAAACAUGCUACACAUCAUUAGUAGAGAACCUUAAUAUCGGCGACAUUGCAUGCCUCAAACUUCUUUUGUCCAAGGGUCUUGGCCUAGGAAUCAUUUUAGCCGGAUCGAUCGUAAAACUUCCACAAAUCAUUAAGAUCAUUAACGCCCGAUCUUCACGUGGUUUAAGUUUUGAAAGUGUAGUUUUGGAAACAUGUGCAUUUGGUGUAGGACUUGCAUAUAAUCUUCGCAAUGACAACCCGUUCAGUACAUUUGGUGAAUCAUUCUUCUUGACGAUACAAAAUGCCAUUAUAUUAAUCUUAAUGUUACACUACGCGAAUCGUAGUAGAGAUCUCAUCAUUACAUGCAUUUCCUUAAUUGUAACUACAUAUUCGCUUUGGUCUCCAGAACUUGUUAGUGAUUCAAUGCUAGCACUUCUUCAAACUCUGGCUAUUCCAUUAGCAUUAUUUUCGAAAAUUCCACAGAUAUUUACGAAUUAUAAAAAUGGAAGCACAGGUCAAUUGUCAGCAUUUGCGGUUUUUGGAUUCACUUUGGGUUCAUUGGCUAGAAUCUUUACCACUCUUACAGAAGUUGAUGAUAACAUUAUUUUGGUUGGGUUUCUUUUAACAUCUAUAUGUAAUUGUAUUCUAACUGGUCAGAUGAUUUAUUAUUGGGACGUUGAAAGUAUGAUGCUUGAUAAAAAGGAGGUUUAA